CAACGAUGAGUUUCUCUAUCUUGUAGGAGUACUCGGAACAAGAUAUUUGAAACUAGAAUUGAGUUGUAUUGUCCCGAUGGAGGUGUCGCGUGCAGCUGAUCAAUUUAGUACAGAGAGUACUAGAUCUUGUGGGAAGAACUAAUAGGCAGGUAACGUUGUUGCACAGAAAGAAAAUGAAGUUAACCAGCUUUAGUCAGUCGGGCGUAACCAGUUUUAGCCACUUGGAUUCAGGUGUAACCAGUUUCAGCCAAUUGGACGCAGGUGCUCAGGAGGUUGCGGACCAAGCUGCGGCAAGUGCGAGAGCUGCCUAUUCUGCAUAUUUACGGCUACUAAACACUCUGCCUCCUUGUGGUCAUGUGGUGUGCGAUGUUUUUCAUGAGUGUGUGUCGGAUGUAUCAAUCCCCUUUAUCUUCCCCACCAAUUUUUCAGCUACAAAGAUAAAUGAUGUAGUUUACGUAAUACGAUCGAAUGAAUGAGUGAAAAAUGAGUCCAGUUGUACUCGAAGCUGGAAUCCGCGUCCUCUGAUUUCUAAGAUAUCUCCGUGGGGAGGAGAAGCUAAAGCAGGCACACGAUGCCCUCAUGGCGGCAACGGUAAGAACAGCUCUUGUUAUGCCAGCCUGUGGCAAUUUUGCAAAUCCAAUUUCUCGUAGUCACAUUCACUUCUAAACAAGAAAAUGAUCAUCAACAUCGAGAAUAUUAACAGCUAUACUUUUAUUGCUUUUGUUGAUCGUCCAAUCGCUACAAUCUAUCUGAAUAUUAUGUCUACGGAUAAACCACUUUGAUAACCAAUUACACCAGUCUGCAGCCACCAUGGCGCAAGUAUCUGCAUCGACAGCCCAGGAAGCAGCGACGGCUGAAGUCGCCAUUAAACAAGGCUAUCGAAACUACCCACUCGUGAUGCCUACGCCUUAUCAAAGCAGCUUGGUUGUUGAUCCUGUGAUACUGGGAGCUUGCUGUGUUGUGAUUAUGGCAAAGGAGAAUCAAGGAUGAGAGUGUAACUCUAAUAUCAUUUGAAAGAGAGUGUUAGACGUGAUAGACUUGUCACAUCGAUUCAUCCUGCGUGUAGGUGCUAUAGAAUAAGUAGGGUAGACCUGAUGUUCGUGAAUCGUGAUAGAGAUAGAUUGAGUAAAAAUAAUUAGCCUUUACUUCACUCUUUAUGCCUUCGUAUGCUCUGGCACAAUUAUUCUCACGCAUACACGCUACUUAAACUGACUUUGCUCAGUUCUUGCUUCCGGGACGUACAAAUGAAGAUAAAAUUAGAAGGUAGAAUGAUAAAAGGUAAAUUCAUGAUACCAUACUCUAUUCGUAAGCUCUAACAUCACCAGCGGGUUCGUGACAUCACCAGCUUCAAGAGCAGAAGUAUGCGACCGCCACAGAGAGAAGAAGAAGUGGGAGAACAAGAAUUCUUAUGGAAAAUGACACUAAUGAUCUGAUCAAAAUUUUCAAUGUGAUUUCAAUCUGAUGAGUAUACUGAAACUUCAACUUGUAUAUCUACAGCUAGUGAUGAAGAGCACCAGUAGAAUGUGAAGCCCUGGCACGACGAGCAUCGGGAUACUGUAGGAACAACAAGGUUAUGAAUCUUCUCAGAUUCUCUAUCCUAGCUGCACUGCAUAGCAGAAAAAUUAUCAACUACACUUAGAUGCUACUCACUCUAAGUCAAUAAAAGUCAUGCGAGCAAUGCAGACGAACAGGCAGUGCCUCUAUAUGUGCCAUUGGACCGAAGAGGAGCUGUGAGCCGUUGCCAGGGGACUACAGCAAAUUGUAAGUAUCCACAAGGACGAAACUUUUGUCUUGCUGAAAAUUUUCUAUUCUUACCAACAAUUAGGGAUAACCUCUGUGAAUCUGACGAACUUGUAAGAGUUGCAGACGAAGAAGGUGGUGUUGGGUGAAAACUUCAAUAGGCUACUGGUGUUUUAGAACUAGAGCAUAGUACGAAUGAGUAUCAUGGGUAUCGUCCCUAUGUGGUGCCAAU